AUGUCUGCAGGGACUGUAUUCUUAUUCGUCAUUUCAUCAGCAUGGAUUUAUUGGGCAAUGAAGCAAAUUUCAGAUGUGGACAUUUUCAACUCUUCCUUUUUGAAAUUUGUAGGGUUGUUUGCCGUGUCUUGUUUCCUAUUUUCUUUCUGUUAUAUGGUUAUAUCGACAGUACCAGGUGGUUUUUUCAAUGGAUUAAUUGCUGGUGUUAUUAACAUUGCCAUUCAUUCUUCGCUUGUCGCCAUCUCAAACGGGUUAACGUACUCUGAAUUUGAUAAGGAAGAUUUUUAUGAAUGCUUGAAUUAUUUAAUUUGCAGAAAAGCCAAACAUGAAAAAGGACAAAUAGAGAGCACACCAAUGUCAGCAAAUUCUGAUCCAAAUUCUUCCUAUUACUCACAAUUAUUAACCUCUGAACAUGAAAAAUAA